UUCAGGAAACAGUGUUUAAACCCAUAGAUCCUUCUGACAUUAGAACCGGUUGCUCUAUCGCCGGGAAAAAACACACAUGCAGAUGUUGGAUCAUGUCAAAACUCUUGUCAAGAGUGUGGAUUGUCUCACACAGGACGGAGAUGUGGCUUCUGAUUGUGGUGGCAUAUGUGUUCCAAAGAAAUGUGAAUUCGGGAGGUUUGCCGACUAAAGCAGCGGACCCAGAAGCAUUCAUGAAUAUUAGUGAAAUCAUCCAACAUCAAGGCUAUCCCUGGGAAGAAUAUGAAGUCGUGACAGAAGAUGGGUAUAUCCUUUCUGUUAACAGAAUUCCUCAAGGCCUAACGAAACUUAAGAAGACAGGUUCCAAGCCUGUGGUGUUCCUGCAGCAUGGCCUGCUUGGAGACGCCAGCAACUGGAUUUCCAACCUUCCCAACAACAGCCUGGGCUUCAUUCUGGCCGAUGCUGGUUUUGACGUGUGGCUGGGGAACAGCCGGGGAAACACCUGGUCUCGGAAACACAAGACCCUCUCCAUUGACCAAGAUGAGUUCUGGGCUUUCAGUUAUGAUGAGAUGGCUAGGUUUGACCUUCCUGCAGUCAUAAACUUUAUUUUGCAGAAAACCGGCCAGGAAAAGAUCUAUUAUGUCGGCUAUUCACAGGGCACUACCAUGGGCUUUAUUGCUUUUUCCACCAUGCCAGAACUGGCUCAGAAAAUCAAAAUGUAUUUUGCUUUAGCACCCAUAGCCACUGUCAAACACGCCAAAAGUCCUGGCACCAAAUUUUUGCUGCUGCCGGAUAUGAUGAUCAAGGGGCUGUUUGGCAAAAAAGAAUUUCUGUACCAGACCAGAUUCUUCAGACAGUUUGUUAUUUACCUGUGUGGUCAGAUGAUUAUUGAUCAGAUUUGUAGCAACGUCAUGUUACUUCUGGGAGGAUUUAACGCCAACAAUAUGAACAUGAGCCGAGCAAACGUGUAUGUGGCGCAUACGCCCGCCGGGACGUCUGUGCAAAAUAUCCUACACUGGAGCCAGGCAGUGAACUCUGGGGAACUCCGGGCGUUUGACUGGGGGAGCGAGACCAAAAAUCUGGAGAAAGGCAAUCAGCCAACUCCUGUAAGGUACAAAGUUAGAGACAUGACGGUCCCCACGGCGAUGUGGACGGGGGGUCAGGACUGGCUUUCAAACCCAGAGGAUGUGAAGACACUGCUGGCCGAGGUGACCAAUCUCAUCUACCAUAAGAACAUUCCUGAAUGGGCACACGUGGACUUCAUCUGGGGCUUGGACGCUCCUCACCGUGUGUACAAUGAAAUCAUACACCUGAUGAAGCAGGAAGAAACCAGCUUUUCCCAGGGAGUGUGUGGCAUCCGAUUGUGAAACCG